UGAACAUAGCUCAGUAUUGUCAAUCAACUCCAGAAGUUAAUCCUGGAGGAGGCUCCAUAGAUAACAGCUCGCUUUGUGCGCCAUGCGCAACCGACCUUCCUUUAGAAAGCGUACUCAAGGCACCAAAUCCAUGCUCGUGUGGCGUUCCACUCUACGUGGAUUACCGGCUCAAGAGUCCAGGAUUCUGGGAUUUUGUUCCCUAUGAAGCGCAGUUUCAGGAGUACCUGUCGUCGGGGCUCUUUCUCAACUCGUACCAGCUGGAAGUUACCACUUUCAUGUGGGAAGAAGGCCCAAGGCUCAAGAUGACGCUGAAGCUGUUCCCAAACAACACCAUUCUUUUUAAUUCGGGUGAAGUGCAGAGACUGAGAUACAUGUUCACAGGGUGGCUCAUCGCGGACUCGGAUAUAUUUGGGCCCUAUGAGCUUAUCAACUUCGACCCAGGGUGGUAUGAGAAGGUACUGCCGGGUCGUACAAAGAAAAGUCUCAGUACAGGUGCCAUUGUUGGUAUUGUGAUCGCAGCCUUUGCUGCAGCGGCAGUUCUUUCAUCACUCAUUACUCUCAUCAUAUUGAGAAGGCGUUCAAGACAGUUUUCAAAGAAACGCACCGCGAAAAGGAUUCCGAUGAAAAUUGAUGGCGUGAAAGACUUCACUUUCGAAGAAUUAUCAAACUGUACAAAUGAUUUCAGUGAGUCGGCACUAAUUGGUCAAGGAGGGUAUGGAAAAGUAUACAGGGGGGUGUUGGCUGAUGGAAAAGUAGCAGCAAUAAAACGUGCACAAGAGGGAUCUCUUCAGGGUUCAAGGGAGUUCUUCACAGAGAUAGAGUUGCUGUCCAGGCUGCAUCACCGAAACCUCGUCUCUUUGCUUGGCUAUUGCGACGAAGAGGAUGAGCAGAUGCUGGUGUACGAGUACAUGCCAAACGGUACUCUACGUGAUCAUCUUUCAGCUAAAGCUAGAGAGUCUCCAAGUUUUCCCAUGAGGCUACGAAUCGCACUGGGAUCAUCACGGGGCAUCCUGUAUCUGCACACGGAAGCGGACCCUCCGAUAUUCCAUCGCGACAUCAAGGCCAGCAACAUUUUACUCGACUCCAAGUUUGUAGCCAAGGUUGCCGAUUUCGGCCUGUCGCGCCUUGCUCCGCUGCCGGAUACAGAGGGGAGCGCCCCUGGCCACGUGUCCACCGUCGUCAAGGGCACCCCGGGUUAUCUUGACCCGGAGUAUUUCCUGACACACAAGCUCACGGACAAGAGCGACGUGUACAGCCUGGGCGUGGUGUUCCUGGAGCUGCUGACGGGGAUGCAGCCUAUUUCUCAUGGAAAGAACUUGGUGAGGGAGGUGGUGGCGGCGAACCAGUCGGGGAUGAUCCUGUCGGUGGUGGAUCUGCGGAUGGGGUCAGUGCCGGGGGAGUGCGUGGAGCGGUUCGCCGCGCUGGGGCUGCGGUGCUGCCGGGACGAGACGGACGCGCGGCCGUCCAUGGCGGAGGUGGUCAGGGAGCUGGAGACCAUCUGGCAGAUGACGCCCGACACGGACGGCGUGCCCUCGGAGUCGGUGGCCAUGGAUCCCACCCACACGCCAGCAUCGUCGUCGACAGCAACCGGGUCUCGGAUGGGCAACGAGCAGUACGACAUGUCGACGUCGGACGUGUCCGGCAGCAACCUGCUGAGCGGCGUGGUGCCCAGCAUCAACCCUCGCUGAGAAAGAUUAAUUGUUUGUUUGUGUGGAGCCUGCAUAUGUAUAUAGGAGUAUAUGGUUGCUGGUGUAUGGAUGUGUGUAUUAUGUGUCGUUUGUGCCUUUUUAGGAAUUGUGCUCUGCUGCUGGUAGAAGUUUUCGUUAGAAAUUUGUGAUUGUUCAAAUUUCCAUUUCCGUUUUCGCUGCUAGUCAGGAGCUAGUAUUACGAAUUUGUGAGCUAUUAGAAAUUUGGUUAAAAUUUGUGAUUGUUGACGUUUCUA